UGCACCAACCCGGGCAAGGACAGUGGCGCCUUCUUGGGCGUGCUGGACAUCUUCGGCUUCGAGAACUUCGGCAAGAACUCGUUCGAGCAGCUCUGUAUUAACUACACCAACGAGAAGCUGCACACGUUCUUCAACCACUACGUGUUCGCGCUGGAGCAGGAGGCGUAUCGACAAGAGGAGAUAAAGUUUUCUCACAUCAAGUUCUCCGACAACUCCGAAUGCCUGGAGUUGAUAGAGAAGCCCCCUCGCUGCAUUCUCAAGCUUCUCUCGGAAGAAUGCCGAAUGCCAAAGGGCUCGGACGAGACGUACCUCUCCAAGCUGCACCAGGAGUUCGAGGUGCAUCCGUACUACAUCAAGGCGCGAGGGACAGGAGAAAAUUGGGAAUCGGAGUUCGGCGUGUGUCACUAUGCUGGCCGCGUCACCUACAACAUCACCGGCUUCGUCGACAAGAACCGCGACUCGCAGCAGGACCUCUUCUUCGACUUCAUGAGCCGCUCCAAGAACAAGUUUGUGGAAGAGUUGGCGCAGUUCCAGGACCUGCUGAGCUGCAUGUCGCGCACGGGCACCAUGAGCAGCACCGUGUCGCGCGGCACCUCCAAGGGCAAGCCGACUGUCAGCGACGCUUUCAGGCAGCAGCUGCAGGCGUUGGUCGACCUCCUGCCGAGCAGCAACCCCUGGUACGUGAGGUGUAUCAAGCCGAACGGCAAGAAGCAGUCUCACUGCUACGACGACCCUCUGGUGCUGGACCAGCUCAAGUACCUGGGCAUGCUCGAUAUCAUCAAGAUUCGCAAGCAGGGCUUCCCCAUCCACCUGCCGCUGCUGGAGUUCUGCCAGCGGUACCAGUGUCUGACGGGGCGUCGGUGGAAGCAGCAGACGGCGGCGGAGGGCUGCAGCAGCACGGCCCUGCCGGAGCGGGAGUGGCAGAUGGGCAAGACCAAGAUGUUCCUGCGCCACUGUGUGCACGAGCCGCUGGAGGACAAGCGCACGGCGCUGGUGCACCGGUCGGCUGUGUGCGCGCAGAAGAUCUACCGCGGCUACGUCCGGCGGAAAGCGUACCGGGAGAAGCUGGAGGCGGUGCGCUGCCUACAGCGCCACUACCGCGCCAAGCGGCAGCGGCUGUUGUUCCUGCGGCAGCGACGCGCCGUGGUGGUGCUGCAGAGCCACCUGCGCGGCAUGUUCGCCAGAGAGGUGGCCGCCGCGCUGCGUGAGAUGAGAGCCAUAGAGGAGGAGCGCCAGCGGCGGGAAAAGCUGGAGGAGGAGAAACGAAAAGAGGAGGAGCGACGCCUGGAGAUGGAAGAGGAGGCGCGCAAACGGCUGGAAGACGAGGAAAAGCCGCCGCCGCCCGAGGCCCAGCAGAAUGGAAAGCUGAUCCAGGAGGAGAUCGACGAGAUGACCGAGAUCGCCGACCACCUGAACAUGAAGCUGUCGGCGGCGGAGGCACAGCCAGGCCGCGCCAAGUCCUCGGUCUCCGUCGACCUGGACAACCUGUUCUCCUUCCUCAGCGACAUGAACUCGGGACAGAGCAGCGUUGUCAACGAGAUCCGCGAGAACCUGGAGGAGCUGGAGCAAACCGUGCUGGUGGAGAUGGACGAGCUCUCCGACCGGCGCGCCGCCGAGCCGCGCCGCUCGGCCGCCUCCACGCCCACGCUGCCGCACCCGUCGCUGCUCCCGGACGACGCGUCGGAGCCCCCGCGUAUCCCCAAGGAGCCCAUCUACGAGAGCAUCCUGGUCAACAACAAGAAGGCGCCGAGCGACCCGGAGCCGGCGCCGCCGGCCAUCCCGUCGGUGCCACCGCCGGGGCCGCCGCCCGGUCUGCCGGCGCACGCCGGUCUGGAGAAGGUGCAGCGCGCCGCGCGCCACCGGCUGCGCAGCGGCUCGCCGGGCGGCCGCGCCCGCAUCGCUAGCCAGGCGCAGAGUCCCAGCCGCAGUCGCAACGGCAGUAGGAACGGCAGCCGCCGCGCGUCGAUAUCUCAGGAGGAGGACGAGCGCGAGCAGCGGCGCCGACAGCGCGUUGAGCGCAAGCUGCAGGAGCUGCAGGAGCUCGAGCGGCUCGAUGACGCUAAGCCCGAGCAGGAGGAGCACCACGACAUGAUCGAGUUUGCCGAGCGCUACUUCAACAUGCACGAGCGCGUGCCAGAGGGCGCCAUCAUCUCGACCCUGAGCCGCCGCAGCCGCGCCGGCGGCUCUGUCGACUACCUGCCAAAGUAUGAGAUGAUCACGUACACCAAGGCGCCGCACAUACCCACCUCGCAUGUGCACAUGUACGACCCGGACGACGUGGACAUUGCCUGCGCCAUAUUCAAGGACCUGCAGCAAUAUCUCAAGGGCGAUAUGAAGCCGGAGACGGAGAUUAAAACCAUUCAGACAAUCGUGCAGCACGGAAUCGAGCGGGAGGAGCUCAGGAAUGAGAUCUACGUUCAGUGUAUACGACAGAUCACCAAUAACCCCAUACAGGAGUCGCUGGACCGGGUCUGGCUGCUCCUGUCGCUCUGCGUCGUCUCGUUUCCGCCGGGCAAAAUACUCUUCAAGUACUUCGUGUGCUUCCUGCGCAAGUCGCAGUACUCAUCGGACAGCCGAGCGCUCCAGUACGUCCAGUGGUGCCUGGAGAACUGCAAGCACACGCACGUGACCUGCCGGAAAAACCCGCCCAGCACAGUGGAGGUUACGGCGAUGAAGAGGCUGGGCACCAUCGUGUGCCGCUUCUUCUUCCUGGACGGCAUGACCAAGGCGGUGGACGUGCACCCGAUGGACACGGCUGCCGACGCCAUGACCAAGAUCGCUGACAGGAUCGGCCUCUGGAACCUGGACGGCUGGGCGGUGUUCCAAGCGACGGCGGAGGGCGAGCAUCAUGUCAAGUCGCACGAGUACCUGUAUGACGUCAUCUCCUCGUGGGAGAUUGAGAAGCAGCAGCGGACGCGGGCCGAGUCGCCCGCCAGCUCGCCCAUGCUGCGCCGCCAGUCGGCCGUCGGCGUCGGUGCCGGCGAGAACCGUUUCCUGUUCAAGAAGCGGCUCUUCAAGUCCACCCGCGAGAUCCCCAACGACCCGGUCGAGGUCCACAUGCUCUACUCGCAGGCCGUGUACUCGGUGGUGCAGAGUGACAGUUUGCCGGUGAGCGAGAAGGUGGCGCUGCAGCUGGCCGGUCUGCAGGCCCAGGUUCUGCUGGGUGACCCCAAGGACAAGUACGACCACUACUCGGACGUGGCCACCUUCCUGUCGCAGCGCGUAGCCUCCACCAAACGGCGCCCCGACUGGGUGCCGAUCAUCGCGCAUGCGCACCACCAGUACGGCUCGGGCAAGUCGGAGCUGGUGGCCAAGAUCUGGUACCUGUCUUGCGUCAUGCAGUACCCGGUGUGGGGUACCACUCAGUUCCCCGUGAAGUACAAAGGCUACUGGCCGUACGGCAACAACCUCAACAUGGGCAUCAACUGCGAGGGCAUCCUGUUGAUCCGGCCCGACGACAAGUACGUCAUCGUCGAGUUCCCGUACGGCGACGUCGAGUCGAUCCUGCUGGACCCCUCGGACGACUUCAUCACCGUCAACCUGCACCGCAACCACGACGCGCAGCGGGUGUUCGUGUUCGAGGCGCGCUGGAAGGACGAGAUGGGCGCGCUGAUCGCCAGCUACUCGCCCGAGCACGCCACCUGGAUCCGCGAGGUGGACAACAUCAGCCGCCGGAUUCAGCACAUCACAAACGACGACCGGAUACGACUGCACUAUAACGUGGUGCAGUGCCGGAGGAACCUGGUCGACGCUGACAUGAUGAGGAAACCCGUCGACUUGGCAACGUCCAAUUUCUUCAAGAACACGCUGAGAAGGUUCAACAAGGCCAAGCUGGAGAAGCUGCGCCAGACCGCGCCGAGCGGCGGCAGCGGCGACGGCACCGACGCCUACAAGGGCUUCGACCGCGUCUUCUGGGGCUUCAGCCGGCAGCCGAUCUCGCAGGGCUUGAGCCGCAUCGCCGAGCCCGAGGUGGAGGAGACGGCCGUGCAGAUCUUCCAGGCCGUGCUCAUGUUCUCCGGCCUCGUGCACAGCGACCAGCUGUCAGACAACUCAAGCGACGAGAACAACGUGCGCCUGGUGCAGGGCAUCGUGGACCGGGCCAUGAAGAACGAGACGUUGCUGAACGAGCUGGCGCUGCAGCUCAUCAAGCAGACCACGGAUCACCCGGACCCCAACUCGCGCGUCAACCGGCGUCACUGGUCGCUGAUGGCGCUGCUCUGCUCGACGGUGGUACCAUCUAAUUUGGCCACCAAGAAGUAUUUGGCUGCUCACCUGACCAAAUGCGCCAGCGACUACGUCACCGAGGAGGGCAAGUACGCCCGCUUCGCAGAGAAGUGUCUGUACAAGACGGUCAACUCCCGGCGUCGCCAAUGGGCGCCGUCGCGCCAGGAAGUGCUCUGCACUGUCAACUGCCGACCCAUUCACGCGCGCUUCCACUUCAUGGACGGCCAGUUCCACAGCGUGGAAUUCGAGGCGGCGGCCACGGCCGGCGAGGUUCUUCAGCUGGUCAAGGAGAAGAUCGGCCUCAAGGCCGACUCGAAAGGGUACGCUAUUUACGAGGUGCUGGGUCAGAGCGAGCGUAACCUCCUGCCGGACGAGACUCUGGCGGACGUCAUGUCCAAGUGGGAAAGGUACCAGACAGCCACGGCCGGCACGGACAAGGCGCGCAAGCAGCACAUCUUCCUCUUCAAGAAGCACCUGCUGUGUGACGAGACGCUCGACCUGGACGACCGGGUGGAAAAGGAGCUGCUCUACCACCAGAUGCUGCACAACGUGCGCAACGACAAGUUCCCUCUCACCACGAUGGAGGCGGUGAUGCUGACCGCGCUGCGGGCGCAGAUAGAGCUGGGCGACUACAAUCUGGCCGCGAUCGAUUAUCAGCAGGUGAUGGCGUACACACUGCCCCCGCGCGUGGCGUCCGUCGCCUCGGUGCACACCGUAACCGUGCACCACCAGAGCCUGGAGGGCAUGUCGUCCGACCAGGCCAAGCAGGCCUUUCUCAACCUCAUCCAGUCGUGGCCCUUCUAUCGCGCCAGCAUCUUCGAGGUCGUGCAAUCCUUCACGUCCAACUGGCCCAAGAUGCUCUGGCUGGCCGUGGACGAGCAUGGUGUGCACCUGCUGGACUUCCGCAGCCGCAACGUGCUCUGCACGUACGAGUACGACUACAUCGUCAACUACAGCCCGGCCAUCAACUCACUGAUGAUCAUCACCGGCAGCACGCGCAAGCAGAGCAAGAUCAUCCUCAACACGGGGCAGGCGUUCAUGAUCGCCAACCUGGUGAAGGACUACACGCAGCUGAUCAAGGAGCGGCUGCAGCCUGAGUGUCGGGAGCAGGCGUCACUGCGGGCGGGCGCGGGCGCCGCCGCUCGGCCCAUGAGCAUCCUGCAGCGGCCGGCGCCGCCGGUCGGCGACGGCGCACUCAGAUAGACCCGUCCGGCGCCGGCACCGCGGUCAGGGGUGGCUCGGCCGCGGGCGGUGCCGCGCCCCGGCCGCGCGAGCACGGCGGGCUCGAGGGACGGGGCGACCGGUGUAGGGGUGGUGGCCCGCUCCUCAGCUGGGUGGAACGACCCUGGGUAGAGGCACUUUGGACGAGAGCACGGCCGCACGCUCAGCGUGGAGGCCGCGAGUCGCCGCCGCCAGCAGCGAAACAAAUCUAUGAUAAUAUCACCUAGUCAUUAUGAAUGCUAGAUGGGAGAUUCCAUGGCGUUGCCAGAUGAGAUUGGCUUGUAUGGCGCCGAUGUGCCCGUCAGUGUGACCUGGUGGGGCGCGCUGCGGCGUCGGCGCUCCUGUGACUGUGUGCUGCUUGCAUUUCAUCUUUGACCUGUGUUUGCGACUUCGCUCGCACUGUCCGGGAGUCGUUUGGUGACCAAUGCUUCUGCAGUGGUCCACUGUUGCUCAGUACUCAGUGUUUGUAUUUAUAGGACAGCUUGUGUGCUCUUGUUGUCUGGCAACGACGGAUCUCGUGGAUGGGUUUCGCUCAGCGAAGAAAAUGUCGGUCUUCCUUGCGUAAACGAAUGGCUUGUUUUCUUUUAUUCAGCAAAUGAGGUUGUAGAAGACGGCGUACUCAUUAGCACAACUGGAUGGUACUUGACUGGUUUUCACGUACUGCAGAUCGCUGAUGAAGUUUGCGUUGGCCUGGUUCGCAUCAGUUGUGCGGAGGGCAUUAUAUAUAACUUGUGCUUUCGGACAUUUUAUUUUUUGGAAAUAACUGGCGAAGCACCAUCCGUGCAUGGGCUGGAUUCCUCAUGUAGAAGCUGAAGAAAUUACAAUGAAUGACGUAACCGGUACACGAGCUCAAGAAAUCACAACAGGAACCGUUUUAUUAUGUUUAACAGUCAUCUUUCUUUGCAUUCCCGUACUGUCUUGGGACCAAUGACGCUCGUUUGAUACUUGCCGAAUUUUACUAGUGAUGUCUUGUUUUUAAUACAGGAAAGCCAACAUUCAGUAGUUAAAUUUAUGUUGAUAGGGAAGGUUGUUUACCCUCGUUUUUCUGCCUUGAUUUUCGCACAUCGCGAACACCAUUUCGUUGUCCACUUGUGUGCGCCCGAUGUCUGAUCUGUGCCGCGAAGACACUGUUGCUCGGCUUUGGGUUAACCGAAAAGUGAGAAUAUGGUCGCCUUCAGCCAUAAAGCUUCAGCCAUAAACCGUAAGUGACCAGCCCCAACCGUGGACGCCUAUUGACGGACCCGGCUUUGGCAGCCACUCCUGUGACUGCGCGACCUUUGCUGUCCAAGCAUCUGACCUGCUUAUAAAUUUUGGAUUUGGGUAUUGUCGAUGCGCAUUAUGAUUUCUAUUGAUUGUACCGCAGCUGGGUACGGAAAGCGUUUUUUGGUGUUUUGUUUUUCUCAAUAGUUUGACAUAUUUAGCUCGAUUGGCCUAUCUAAAAAGUGCGGCUUAUUAUAGACCAUCUGAAUGUGCGUUGCAGGCCCCGCACAAACGGGCUACUUAAGGGACAAAAACAGUAAAUAUCUGGGACUGAAAACUUUGCGUUGUCAGUCACUAGCUGGUCACUAUAGUUGAUAAUGGCGUCAUCUUUUCAACUUAACUGAUGCUAAGAAUAAUUCGAUUUAAAAGUUGUCGCUUCGAACAGUAAUUCGCCAUCCUGCUCGGAUUUCUGCCGCCAAUCACGUACGGAUCGCAGAUCCUGGCGCCUGGUCUUCCGCAGUUGGGAGGCUGUUUUUAACGCUUUGCCGAACUUUUCGAGACUGUGCACCCGUGUGUUCGCGGCAAACCUCCACCGCGGUCACCGAUGGGAUGAUGUGCUAAGGGGCCGCCCCGCCGUGUGCUCGCUAUUCGUGACUGCCAACUGCAGAAUAUUCAAGCGGGAGAGAUCUGCACCGUGUCUCUUCGAACCGCGCGAGGUUCGAUGAGCUGUGCUGGGGUUAGCGUGGGAAGAGCGUUGCCAGGGUCAGCCGUGGUGACCGGGCUACUGAGACAGGUAUCCGACUGCCACAAUUUCCUAGUGAACUAUGCGUGCUCUGUCUACGUCGGUAGAUGUAGACUUCCAUGGUUGUGCUUGCUUUGCAAAAUGGCGUCAAUAUUCUCUGUUUAUACCCUUGUGCUAUGCGUGUAUAUUUGAUGAACAUAUAAGAUAAAUACAAUCUUAUUAUUUGA